AUGCCAACUCUGGAUGAAGAUGUGGCAUUCUUCAAUGGUAUGCUGCAAGAGUUAAUUGUAGAGGAGCAAGAGCUGGACGAACUUCACCGUAAAAUUCAAGUCGGUUUCAAAAAGAGUCUCGUGCGGGUAAAUAUAAAUGAAGAAAGGUCGGACACCACAAACGAGCAACUUCCAGCAAACCUGCUUUCAGAACUUGAAACUGCCUUGUCCAGGGCUCGUAUUGCCUACGAGAGUUAUCAGUCCAAAGCUAAAUCGCACCCCCAUUCAAAACAGCCGGCUUGUGAUCCACCUCCGCAGACUAAACCUGUGCAUCCGCCUAAAGUGGCUGCCUCAAACGAUACCCCAAAACGCCAACCAUCUGUAGGGCGUAAGUUCAAGCCGGCGCACACGACUGCUCCAUACAAUACGUUCAAGGAGCGUCCUCAGAACAGACGCCCGCUCUCUGGUGUCACAAUGCUUCGGCGGAAGGCGAAGUCAUGGGUUUCUGGAUCACCUCGUAAUAAUUCUGCCUCCCAAACCACGCAGAAAUGUCCUCAGGAUCACUCCCCUCCUGACUCAACUUCGUGUCCGGUUAAAGUGAUUAAAGAAUCAACUUUUGUUCCAACAAGCUCUGGUUCGAGGAAACCUGAGGAAAAACCUAGUAACUCGUGUCGUUAUGAACUGCACCUCACCGCGGAUGAGCGCGUUCGUGAUAUAAUUUCUUUGUCAAAAUCUCUAAAGACCUAUGCAGAAGAAGCCCAAAUAAGCUCUGGAGAUCCUACUCCUCGUCUCAGGUUUCAGGAAUACUGUGAAAGUAUUGGUAACUCAAAUGAGUUCGAUCUCUCACGGGCUCAACGGUACCUCGAGGCGAAUUUGCCUGAAGUUAUAUCAUUAUUUGAAAACUUUUCUCAGAUUCUGGAUGUCAUUGAUUGGAACGUAGCGACGGAGGGUCAGUGGCUGUGGCGAAAUCAAAUGCUGGAGAAUUUCCUCGCAAUUUUCGAUAUCGCCGAGUAUUUCAAGCCUCGUCUACUAGGCAACGUGGAUGAGUGUGGUGGUGUCCCAGAACUUGCAGCUUCUGGCUCCUCUCCAAAAAUUGAAACAAUUUGGAAAGCCUACGUUUGUUCGGGCGGUCAGCGGCAGUCUCCUUCCUCUUCUGAACCUCCAGUGAUUCCGUCGCGUUCAUUUUGCCUGACCCAUGGACCAGCUGUACUCGUCAAGGACAAUAGUGCCCAACGCGAUUUACUUGAUAUGGUGGACAUGUGGAGAGACAUUUUUCAUCUUCAACGGCAGCUCCGACAGCUCGAGUACAUUGAAAAGAGGCUGCCUGAUUGGCUUCAAAUGAUUGCAGAACAACAAAGCGAGAAGGCUUCGACCCUGCGCCUCUUAUGCUCGAUUGCGUGUGGCUGCCUCCCUGAGGCUGGUUGCACCCAAUCACCGGAAAAUGAACGAAAGUCCUAUCAUGAUCUUGAAAAUGUGGAACAUGACGGAACCGUUGUUGCCGUUGAUGAAAUAUAUCAAUUGGGAAUCGAACACAAGGAAAAUAAUGAGAUCUACCUUUUCGACUUCGUCGACAGCUUACAAGUCUCCUACCCCGUUACCCUUUCCCACGUUAGCACAGAUCGUCUCGAAAAACUCCCUCCUUACUUCCACGGGCGUCUUUUUGAUGAACAUCUCUCGUGUCUUGCUUCUGACGUUUUUCGUCAACUCACCUCUCGCCUAGAAACCUGGAUGGAUGCCUUAGAUGCAAACGCCCAGACUGAAUUUAUCGCCCGUCAUAUGAAAGCCCAUGAGGAACUCACCAUUUUACGGAGGCAAAUUUUUACUCUUCUCAAGCUCCUAGUCCCUAACCCCAGUCUUUCUGACGGCUUUGACUGUACUACCGCUGACUUAGAUCGUCUUCUGGUUAGGAUUAUUAGUGAGAUCAGCAAAAGCGGCAGCAGCAGCACCGACGGUGAUGAAAACCUAAGCCUUCCAAUAGUUUCAGUUUGUAUAGAACCUGAACACUGUGUUCAAGUCCUAAGGCAGCGUGUUUUGACGUUGCUUCAGACACUUCUACCAAGUCUGCGACUACCUAAAUCUUUCGAUAUAACUCGUGACUUACAUGAUCUUAUCAAUGCUGUUUAUUCAUACAACACACAAAAAUUUUAA